UAAUUGCCAAAUGCCUAAAUUACCGUCGAGUCGAUACCCCCUCCACGUGGUUGAUGCAGGUCUUGGCGUAGCUUCCGCUCAUGACAUCCCCGAGCUCCAGACAUGUUUGCGGAUCGUCAUAGCGAGCCUGCGUCCGUUCACAUUCCUCCAAACAACAUCAAUCGCAACCAUGGCCGAGGGAAUGCUUUACAACGUCACAGGCGGAUACAUUGAGGGUAUCGUCCGUGGCUAUCGUAAUGCGCUGCUCACGAACCAGAACUACGGAAAUCUGACGCAAUGCGAAACGAUUGACGAUGUUAAACUGCAACUCGGUCCUUCAUAUGGCGACUACCUCGCCAGCCUCCCACCCAACCCUUCCACAUCCGCUCUCGCCGACAAGACGAUGGACAAGCUCGUCGCCGAAUUCCGCUACAUUCAGGCCAACGCCACAGGAAGUCUGUCCAAAUUCAUGGAGUACCUCACAUAUGCCUACAUGAUCGACAACGUCGCGCUACUCAUCACGGGAACGCUUCACGAACGAGAUACCAAAGAGUUGCUGGAGCGCUGCCACCCGCUUGGCUGGUUUGAGACAAUGCCGGUUUUGUGCGUGGCGACCAAUAUUGAAGAGCUGUACAACUCGGUGUUGAUAGAGACACCGCUGGCGCCCUACUUCAAGGGCUCUCUGAGCCACCAGGAUCUCGAUGAACUGAAUAUUGAAAUCAUCCGCAACACCCUUUACAAGAACUACCUCGAGGAUUUCUACAGAUUUGUGAAUGAGGAAGCCGGCAUUGCAGGCACGCCAACACAGGAGGUCAUGCGUGAGGUUCUCGAAUUUGAGGCGGACAGAAGAAGCAUCAACAUCACACUCAAUUCAUUCGGCACCGAGCUGUCGAAGCAGGAUCGCAAGAAGUUGUACCCCAGCUUCGGCCGUCUACAUCCCGAGGGUACGCUCAUGCUGAGCCGUGCCGACGAUGCCGAGGGUGUGCGGAUAGCUGUGGAUGGCGUGAUUGACUACCGAACGAUGCUGGAUCAGACGGGUAUGGGUGGCAACAGCACAAGCGGCGGGAUGGGCAAUGAGGAAGGCAAGAGUCUGGAGGAUCUCUUCUACCGAAAGGAGAUGGAGAUUGCCAAACUGGCCUUCACAUAUCAGUUCACUCAUGCCGUCGUGUACGCGUGGGUGAAGCUGCGAGAGCAGGAAAUCCGCAAUAUCACCUGGAUAUCCGAAUGCAUCGCACAGAACCAAAAGGAUCGGGUAAACAAUUAUAUCAGUGUGUUUUAAAAUGCGGCGAGGGAGGCAUCCAAGAAAAUGACCAUUCCUGUAAUCUUUCAA